AUGUCAUCGGCCAAGAAAUCCGCCGGUGAAUCACCAUCUUUGUCACUCAGUUUCAUAGACGAUUUGAAUCCGUCGAAAGAUAUGUGGAAUAUCAAGUGUCGAAUCAUCCGAAAAUGGGUUCUGUCCUUUCGGAUGGACCUGAUCUUGCUCGAUGAGAAGAGGUGGUUUUCUAAUCCGCAUGAUUUUGGGUUUGUGUUUUGUUUCUCAGAGGGUCACAAAAUUCAGGCAGGUAUUAAGGCUCCAUUGAUACCUUUGUUUAUCUCACAACUUCAUGAGGAUGAAGUUGUUAUUCUAUCCAGAUUUGGUGUUGGAGAAAACUCUGAUGCCUACAAAGUUGUUAAUCAUGGUGUUGAUUACGGAUUUAACUUCAUGGCACAUUUAGAAAUUCUUAAAGGAGAAGGAAAGAAUCUGCUCACUGUUGAUGUUGCUGGAACUGUUAUCUGGUGUGUAGAUAUGGAAAUCUUUCCUAAUGAAAGAAAAAUGAUGAACUUGGAUCUUCAAGAUGUGCAGGGAGAAUUAGUUCGUUGCACUUUGUGGAAUAGAUAUGCACAACAAUUUAAUGAUUUUUUGUCUCAAAACAAUCCGAAUGAGAAUGUGAUGGCUGUCAUUCAGCAUGCGAAGAUUAAGAAGUGGCAGGACACUUGUAAUGAAUUGUUGGAUAUGUAUAUUGUUACGUGCAGGAUAAUAUACUGUUCAGAAUGGCUUUUAGUGAAACAAUUUGAAGCUGGUGCUUCUUUUUCUCAAACCAUACUUUCAUCUCAGAGUGUAUUUCCAGUCCGUCAAGAAUUUCUAGUUGAGACUCCUAAGAGACAUGUUGAUGAAAUUAUUGAGAUUGAAAGCGUAAUGUCAUCAUGUCGAAACUGUAACAAGAAGGUGUUGACUAAAACUGAAUACUUACAAUACACUAAAACCGUUUCUGAUGAGGUCAUGAUUCUGUCACCUACUUCAUUGGUUUUUCCGAAAUGCGAUAAAGAAUGCACAUCGAUAACCAUUAAGUUCAAGGUACAUUUGAGAGUUCAAGAUGAAACCGGUAGUGUGUCUUUUGUGAUGUUUGAUAAAGAUGUAACGAAGCUCAUUGGUUCAACUGCGAGUGAUAUAAGGGAACGCCAACUGAAGGUCAAUGAUACUGAAAGUUUUCCACAUGAAAUAUCUCGGUUGCUCGAAAAGAAGUUGGCUUUUAAAAUUGAAGUUUCUGAUUACAACCUUAACCAUGACUACCAUGUUUACACUAUCCAAAAAGUAUGUGGUGAUCCGGACAUAAUUGCUGAAUUGGUUGCUGGUAAUGGUAAUGCUCUUGAGGUUGCUGAUGAGGUGCUUAGUCAAGAAGGUUCAGAAUUCAAAGCUGUUCAAUUAUCUGAAUCCUCACAGAUGGCUGGUGCUGCUAUUUCAAAGGAUGUUGUAUCUGUUACCGCGGACUCUUCCGUUGUCGAAGCCGAGAAGGAUUCGGGCACCAAUCCCAAUGGUAAACGUUCGUUGCAGGAGGUGGAAGGUCAAAAUGUUGGCGAACUAUCUUCUAAUAACAAAAAUAAAUCGGAAGAAGUCAUCUAG